UAGAGCUAGCAGAGAGGCUUGUCUUUGCAAUGCCAUGUUUGUGUAUGUGUACCAACUACUGGACAGGAUUCUGGGAGCCUGCUCGCCCUGCUCUGUAAUCUGAUGUUUUCUUGCUUCUGUUUCAGUCUUCAGGAUAAUUCCUUCAGCAGCACAGCUGUAACCGAGAACGAAUGUGAACUUCCCUCCCUACAUGAAGACCAAACCGUCUGUUCCAAACUCAGCAGAGAUGACAAUAACAAAGAAAACUACCCUCACAGAGCCACAGAAUUGGAGGAAAAUGCUGCAUGUUCCUGGGACCUUCAGCACCACAUGGACAAAAAGAUGUUUGAUGGGUCCAGCAGACAUGGAAUUGGAAUCUUACAAUCAAAGCAGCCAAGAUCAGGCGGCAGAUCAGAUAAUGGGAAGAUACAUGAAGGAACUCAAGAAAUCGAGACUGUAAGUCAAUGCCUCCCCGAAAUCUGGACUACAAAAGGGAUGACGUCUCACGACCAUAGUCCUCAUGUAUCCUUGAGAGGAACCACCGAUUUUCAGUCAAGGAACAGUCCCAUAAUGCGGAUUCAGACAAGGGAUUUUGCUGAGCAGCUGCAGCAUUCAAGUGAGGAGGAGGUUGUAGUACAGUCUCAUGGCUGCAAAGAGGCGACCACUUCUCUAAUCCAGACUGUACCAAGUGAUGCUGCCAACCAUGCAGAGCCAGCAUCAGUUCAUAGAGAAUUGCCGAGUGAUGCAGACCAUGUGGCCGAAGAUAAUCGAAGCCUUGGGACCAGCCGCCUUCUGUUCCACAUCACAGAUGGAGAUAAUCCAUUGUUGUCUCCACGUUGCUCUAUCUUCAGCCAAAGUCAAAGAUUUAACUUGGACCCUGAGUCUGCACCAUCCCCACCAAGUGCACAGCAAUUCAUGAUGCCAAGAAGUUCAUCAAGAGGGAAUUGUGAAGAUCCAAAAGAACCCUUGACCGUGAUACAACUCACCAAACAAAUACAGAACCUGAAGAGGAAGAUUAGAAAAUUUGAAGAUAAAUUUGAGCUGGAGAAAAACUAUCGUCCUUCUCAUAGUGAUAAAACAUCCAAUCCUGAAGUCCUGAAAUGGAUUAAUGACCUCUCCAAGGCCCGUAAACAGCUCAAAGAGUUAAAGCUAAAAAUGUCUGAAGACCAAAAUGUGAUAAGAGCCACUCAAAGUAAAUCCUCCUAUGAAGAAAGUCCAGUAGCAUCCAUUGUGGUGGAGCAGCACGAAGUCACCAGCUCAUCAAUGUCAUCUGUAGAGGAGACAGUGGAAACGGUAUGGAAGAGGCUAAAGGAGAAGAGACAGUUACUCAACCUCCCUGAUAAUAUAAAGGAUAUGACAAAAAAGCAAAUGAAUCUGGAAAAAAUGAGUCUCCAGAAAUGUCUACUGUAUUUUGAGAAUAUUCAUGGACGCCCAGUUACAAAGCAAGAGAGAAGCCUAAUGAAACCGCUCUAUGACAGAUACCGGAUUAUAAAGCAGUUGUUGUCCACCGCAUCCUUGAUCCCCACAAUUCAUGAAGAAGAGGACUCUGAUGACGACAGUGCCCAGAAUUCCUCCACUGAGUUUGUAUUGACUGAAGAACCAGAUGUAGCAGCAGAGGAGCACCUUAUAUACUGCAAUGAAGACCUAGAACCUGCAUAUGUCUCUCCUCUGGAGGAGAAACGAAACAUGCGGCAACCAGCGCUGUCUAUGUCUAACCUUCACGAAGCAUCUAUGCCCGAGCUUCUUGAUCACCUUCGUGAAACCAGGGCAGACAAGAAAAGACUGAGAAAAGCUUUAAGAGAAUUUGAGGAGCACUUUUUACAACAAACUGGAAGAAGUGCACAGAAAGAAGACAGGAUACCAAUGGCUGAAGAGUACUGUGAAUACAAACAAAUAAAAGCUAAGCUUCGGCUACUGGAGGUCUUGAUCAGCAAACAGGAUGUAUCUAAAACUAUAUAGAGCUGGUGAAUCUGCCACAAACGGUAUUCAAGAAGAAUAAAAUUGCUGUAUUUCUGCACACUCAUGUAUAACACUGACAUUCUGAUGCACUUUAAUAGUUAUACACUACCUGAUAGGGAGAACAAUAGCAAUGACAAGGGAUGAUGGAAGGUUAAUGCAUGUUCACUUUUGUAGUACCUUGGACAUAGACUGUUGAAUGGUUAUUCAGCAGUGGGAAAUCCAACGGUUGACAUACUUGACGUUGUCCCGGUCUGGAAUACAGUUCUGCUGAAGGGCAUUAUGAUGGUAAUGGGCUAGUGGUCAAUAAUGGGGCUGGGUUAAUAAGGCUUUUACCAUUUUGUGUGUUGAGUUGUUUUAUUUUGCCAAACUUACUAAUCUUUGAAGGAUGACAUAUUUAACAAGCUCCCCUACGUCGGUUCUACAAUCUGCUUCAUUGUCUGAAGUGCCUUUGAUAUGUUAUAGGCAUCACCCACAAAGCAGAGAUCACAGUGAAAAUGUGUACAGUAACUUAAAUAGAGUAUUUCAGAUUCCAGAAAAUAAUCUAUUUAUGCCAUGUACAGACUGUAUAUAUUUAUUCUUUAGUGAUCUAUUUUUAAUAUUUGAGCUGUGGUUUUUCCCCCCGUUUCUGUUAAAACCAUAUGUUCUUGUCUUCAACCAAAGGCCAACAAUGUAAGCAACAUGACUGCACUUUCUGAAACUGCAUUAUAUUGUAAUCUAUGAUCUAAGAGAUAUGUUUUACUGUCAUAUAUAUAUAUAUAUUUAAGGACACAUGUAGCCCCAACAUCGUGUUCCUUGCAGAGUUAUGGGGCUCAGAGUCUGGUGUUUCAUAUCUAGUUUCAUAUAUUGUAUGAUCGAAAGUAUUUUUCAGAAUAUUUAUUUUUUUGGACAUCUUUGUAAAAUUAAAGCAGCAUUGCAUAUGUAGUUGUAUAAAUAAAUUAAACCUUUUCAUUGAUCAAGAAUUUCUCUUAUUCGUUAUACAAUGAAAAGUACAGGAUAAUGUUAGCUGAAGGGUUUUUUUGUGAAAAUUUCAGAUUUUUUUUUUAUAUGUAAUGGAGUCUGUCACUUAAAACAAUAUUGUUCAUUCAAAUACAGCCUUAAUUUGUGUAUGUUUUUGUACUGUUACUGUUUGUAUUGAUCUUUUUUUUAACACUUGUCUUUGCUGUAAUUGUCACUAUUUUUACAUCUCUACUUUUCCUUCAACCAUUUUAUAAGAAUGUUUCCUUAAAUUAUAUUAGAUAUUAUGGUAGAUAGCUAAAUGCUUAAACCACUCCAUGCCUCAUGCACAUAUGUGUCAUUGUCAAAAGGUACAUAUAGCUUAGUAGCAGCCUUACUGGCCAGAUGAGAGGUGAGGCCUAUUUCUGGUUGGCGUAAUCCCUCACGGCCGGUGUUAAAGAGGACCUGUAGACACUCCUGACCUGUCUGUUUAUAUAAAAAUCCCUGUAAAAAAAGUUUCAAAGUCUAUGUUCUGUCGAUCCACUUCCUUAAAAUUUUAGUAAAUUUACAACAGAGUGCUGCUAUUUCCUUCACCAAUAGGGUAUGUCCUCACACUGGAGCAGAUUUAAAUACAUUUGACGCAACUUACGCUCUCAAAAACCUGAAUGUACAAAAGGUAGGAGAUGGCAGACAUUUCACCUAUAAUUUACGCUAGUUUCUGUCAGGCUACUAGAGGCCCUGUCCCGUAUCUCUCUAAGCCCAAUCCAGCUUUUUUUUUUUUUCAUUCAAAGGGGCCUGAGCGGUGCAAAAAGAAAACAAACUUAUGGAUAAAAUAGUCAUGUGCCAAACUUUGCAACUUUUUCCAGAAAACUGGCUCAAAGUAGUUAAAUUGUCCCCCUCACAGUGCCAUGUUAGACAAGUAUUCCUAUUGGCAAGGGAAAUGGCAAAACCAAAUUUGUAAAUUUAUUUAUAUAUGUUCUGGAGAAAUAGACAAGGGGCAAUACAACACAGAGUUCAAAGAAACAAUGCCCCAUAAUUAUCAUUUUAUAGAAAUACACUGCUCAAAAAAAUAAAGGGAACACUAAGAUAACACAUCCUAGAUCUGAAUGAAUGAACUAAUAGUAUGAAAUACUUUUGUCUUUACAUAGUUGAAUGUGCUGACAACAAAAUCACACAAAAAUUAUCAAUGGAAAUCAAAUUUAUCAACCCAUGGAGGUCUGGAUAUGGAGUCACACUCAAAAUCAAAGUGGAAAACCUCACUACAGGCUUAUCCAACUGUGAUGUAAUGUCCUUAAAACAAGUCAAAGUGAGGCUCAGUAGUGUGUUUGGCCUCCACGUGCCCGUAUGACCUCCCUACAACGCCUGGGCAUGCUCCUGAUGAGGGAUGUCCUCCCAGACCUGGACUAAAGCAUCCGCCAACUCCUGAACUGUCUGUGGUGCAACAUGGCGUCGGUGGAUGGAGCGAGACAUGAUGUCCCAGAUGUUCUCAGGUCUGGGGAACGGGCAGACCAGUCCAUAGCAUCAAUGCCUUCCUCUUGCAGAAACUGCUGACACACUCCAGCCACAUGAGGUCUAGCAUUGUCUUGCAUUAGGAGGAACCCAGGGCCAACGGCACCAGCACAUGGUCUCACAAGGGGUCUGAUGAUCUCAUCUCGGUACCUACUGGCAGUCAGGCUACCUCUGGCAAGCAUAUGGAGGGCUGUGCGCCCCCCCCCCAAAAAAAAAAUGCCACCCCACAUCAUUAUUGACCCACCGCCAAACCGGUCAUGCUGGAUGAUGUUGUAGGCAGCAGAACGUUCUCCACAGCGUUUCCAGACUCUGUCACGUCUGUCACAUGUGCUCAGUGUGAACCUGCUUUCAUCUGUGAAGAGCACAGGGCACCAGUGGCGAAUUUGACAAUCUUGGUGUUCUCUGGCAAAUGCCAAAUGUCCUGCACAGUGUUGGGCUGUAAGCACAACCCCCACCUGUGAACGUCGGGCCCUCAUACCACCCUCAUGGAGUCUGUUUCUGACCGUUUGAGUGGACACAUGCACAUUUGUGGCCUGCUGGUGGUCAUUUUGCAGGGCUCUGGCAGUGCUUCUCCUGCUCCUCUGUGCACAAAGGCGGAGUUAGCGGUCCUGCUGCUGGGUUGUUGCCCUCCUACGGCCUCCUCCAUGUCUCCUGAUGCACUGGCCUGUCUCCUGGUAGUGCCUUCAUGCUCUGGACACUACUCUGACAGACACAGCAAACCUUCUUGCCACAGCUCACAUUGAUGUGCGAUCCUGGAUGAGCUGCACUACCUGAGCCACUUGUGUGGGUUGUAGACUCCAUCUCAUGCUACCUCUAGAGUGAAAGCACCGCCAGCAUUUAAAAGUGACCUAAACAUCAGUCAGGAAACAUAGGAACUGAGAAGUGGUCUGUGGUCACCACCUGCACAACCACUUGGGGGUGUCUUGCUAAUUGUCUAUAAUUUCCACCUGUUGUCUGUUCCAUUUACACAACAGCAUGUGAAAUUGAUUGUCAAUCAGUGUUGCUUCCUGAGUGGACAGUGUGAUUUCACAGAAGAAUUUUUGACUUGCAGUUACAUUGUGUUGUUUAAGUGUUCCCUUUAUUUUUUUGAGCAGUGUAUAAGUGUUUACUACAACAGACAGAGAGAUGUCAGGAGAGCUGGCGGCUCCUAUUUUUUCCUAAGCACAACUUUGACAAUGCGUUUUUCUCCUACAUGGUGCCCAAGAUCAAUGUGUGCUGCUUAUUCGCCAACAUGAGGAUGGGGACCACAUUUCUUUUUUUAUAGGGCUCCUUUUGUCCAUAUUUCCUUGCAUGUCCAAAAAUUCAAUAUCUGGGUUAUUAUGAAAGGCAUUAUUACUAAAUAAGCUAUUGGAAGUUGAUAUUUGUAAUAGGACUGAGCAUGAAAGUUUUAUUUUGUAAACUCUGUGGUCUGCGGGGGUAUGCAGAAAAUUCUUUGUGUCGUUAGAUAGUUUUCGGUCAAAAAAGGCAAAAGUAGUAUAGGAAUAAACAGGUGACCUCUAUUCUCCGAAAGCUUGCACAUAUAUAUUUUUCUUUUUUGACACACAAGUAUUUAACUGCAAGGAGUAGAAUAUGUGUAGAAUGAUAUAUUACUCAAUAAUGUAUAUUCUCUGUUGACUGUAACAACCAAAAAUAGAAGAUGGAAAUUCAAAAAGUUGCAACUUCCUGAAACAUUUCUGCUACUUAUAUUAUUCUUAAUGCUUUAUUCCAUUAGUGGAGUUCUUUCUAAUAAAACAUAGUUGAUACUUAGUAGAUGAUUUCUUCUACACUAUAGGUAUACAAAUGAUAUAUAUAUAUUAACAUUUGUUAGCACUUCCCGCAACCAGUCAUUGGCUCCUAGAAUAAUUUUUUUUUUUAAAUAAUAUGUUUUAUUAAAUUAAAUUUUUUUCCUAUUAAUUAAUUAAAAAAAUAUAUCAUUUUUUUUUUUUAUUUUCAAAAAGAUGUUUUUGAAGAAUGUUGAUAUAUGCAAAGCUGCCUUAAUCUACUCAUGUUUGAUCCUAUUUAUCUAUAUCAGCAUAAAGUCUUAUUUCUGAAUAUAGAAUGAUAUGUGGUAUCAGAGUAUGCUGCUAAUGUUCCCUUUUCUACACACGUGU